AUGAAGUUCGAAAAAGGGAAAAUAAAGAUAUUACCAAAGCCAUCGCCUGGUCCUUCUGCCCUGCAAACUCCUCCAUCAGCCCAAAAUAGCCCGGCACCAGUUAUGCAGAAAAGAAAAUCAACAUCAUCUAUAGCUUCAAAUGAUUCCAAGAAGCCAAAAAAAUCAAAUCCCUCAACACCGAAUACCCCACUGAAAGCUACCAAGCCAACUGGUCAUAGACCUGUUACUUCUUGUACAUUCUGCCGUCAACACAAGAUUAAAUGCAAUGCAUCUGAAAACUUUCCAAACCCAUGUGAAAGAUGUAAGAAGAUGGGAUUGAAAUGUGAGAUUGAUCCGGAAUUUAGACCGCGCAAGGGAUCUCAAAUCCAGUCAUUGAAACUGGAUGUUGAUGAAUUAAAAGCCAAGAUAGAGAUGUUGACUAAAAAUGAAUCCUUGCUCACUCAAGCUUUGAACCAGCACAACUUGAAUAUGUUACCAUCACAACAAUCACCUGGUCAUGUACCACUGCAUAUGGCUCCACAGCCACGAGUUUUCAGUUCACCAGCAAAUGUAUCACCUAUUCCUUCUAUUACUAGUAUACAACAAAAUGCACCAUUGACACAGGAGAACUCUGACAACUCUCCAUCAACAAUGAAUACACCAGAUCACGUUGAGGAGUAUCAGCCAAUUUCAGAGUUUAUCUUAGGAGAUGUAACCUUACCAUUAAACAAAGCUAAUGAAUUGCAUGACAAAUUUAUGACUAAACACUUACCAUUUUUGCCUAUUAUAAUAUCUAGAUCUGCCACCGAAUUGUAUCAUAAAUCCCAACUACUUUUCUGGGCCGUUAUCCUUACGGCAAGUUUAUCAGAGCCAGAACCAACACUUUACAUGUCUUUGGCAUCUUUAAUCAAGCAAUUGGCAAUUGAGACAUGUUGGAUUAAAACACCCAGAUCCACCCAUGUGAUCCAAGCUCUUAUUAUACUUUCAAUUUGGCCGUUACCUAAUGAGAAAGUCUUGGACGAUUGCUCCUACAGAUUCAUUGGUUUAGCUAAAAACUUGUCCUUACAACUAGGACUACAUCGUGGGGGAGAGUUUAUUCAAGAAUUCAGUCGAAAUCAAGUCAGUUUGGGUCCUGAUGCUGAAAGAUGGAGAACGAGGUCUUGGUUGGCAGUGUUUUUCUGUGAACAAUUUUGGUCAUCAUUGUUGGGAUUGCCACCUUCAAUUGGUACCACAGAUUAUUUAUUAGAAAAUGCUCGUGUUGAUAAGUCUUUACCAAAAAAUUUCAGGUGUUUGAUUUCAUUAUCUAUUUUCCAAUGCAAACUUGUUAAUGUCAUGGGUAUUAGUGUUACAAGACCAGAUGGUUUAUUAGAGCCACUGAAUCGUGCCGGUUCACUUAGUUUAUUAGAUAGAGAACUAGAAAGAUUAAGAUUUAAAUUGCAAUUUGAGGAUGGGAGUGCAGUGGAAGUUUACUAUUUGUACAUAAAGUUGAUGAUUUGUUGCUUUGCAUUUUUGCCAGGAACCCCAAUUGAAGAUCAAGUCAAAUAUGUUAGUUUUGCAUACCUUUCCGCUACUAGAAUUGUUACGAUUGUUUCACAAAUGAUUAAUGAUAUUUCAUUAAUUGAAUUACCAAUCUAUAUUAGACAAGCAGUUUCAUAUAGUGUUUUGUUGUUGUUCAAAUUACAUUUAUCCAGAUAUUUGAUUGAGAAAUACGUGGAUAGCGCAAGACAGCUGAUUGUGACUGUACACAGAUUGUUUAGAAAUACUUUGAGUUCAUGGAAAGAUCUCCAAAAUGAUAUUUCAAGAACAGCUAGAGUUUUGGAAAAUUUGAACAUUGUUUUGUACACUUAUCCUGAUAUAUUCUUGAAGGACGUGGAGAAUGAAGAUGCCAGUAUCAUUACCAGAAUGAGAUCGCAUUUAACCGCGUCGUUGUUUUACGAUUUGGUUUGGUGUGUUCAUGAAGCAAGAAGACGAAGUCUCUUGGAUAAAGGCAAAAAGAAACCAGAACCAAAUAAGAAACUUAUGCCAUUGCCUUUUUACAAUCAAAUUACCAAAGAUGAUUUCAAAACAAUCACAACGACAACCCCGAACGGUACUACAGUUACCACUUUGGUACCUACCGAUGAGGCGAUGAAUCAAGCAAAACUGAAUGGUAACAAUAAACCUUUAGAAAUCAAUGGUAUUCCAUUGGCAAUGUUAGAAGCAACUGGCUCUACGAGAGAUAUGCUUGAAGGUCUUCCUCAAAUACCACCAAGUAGUCAACAACAGCCACAACCAGAACAACAAGGGCAUCAACAAAGAGCACCUCCAACUCCAGCUACACAACAAUCACAUUCCCGUCAAGGAUCUGUUGCUCCACCUGUUGUAUUGAAAACUGAACCACUUCUGACAGCACCACAACCACAGUUACAACCACAACCUUCUCAACAAUUUACACUUCCACAAGCUCCAUUUAUUCUUGGAAAUUCACCAAUCCCACAGUCAUAUCUACCAAAGAUUGAUGAGGUUGGUUUGCCAACAGAGAUAAAGGAUGAAGCAGUUGCUUCACAAAUCAGCAGUUUCUUUGAACAACAAACUAACGGAUGGUUGAGUAACGAGAACCACGAUGAUGACUUUUUAGGUUGGUUUGACAUGAAUAUGAUGCAAGACCAGUGA